GGCGGGAGCGCAGCGAGGGUGGCCGCCGGGCGCGAUGUCGGACGAGGAGGACUCGGAGGCGGUGGCCAUCGCGGCGGCCUACGCGCUGCUGCAGGAGGCGGGAGACUUCGACGACCGCUGCCUUGUCGGUGACCUCAAGCCCGCCGACGACGACGACGAAGAGGUCUACUACGACGACGACGACGACGACCUCCCCUUUGAGGACAAUGGGGCGGAGGCCGAGAUCGCGCGCCUGGAGGAGCAGCUGUCCAUCAAUGCCUAUGAUUACAACUGUCACCUGGAUCUGAUAAAACUGCUGCGUCAGGAAAGGGAUGCCUAUAGACUUCGCAGAGCACGCCGGAACAUGAGCGAAAUUUUUCCUCUGACCGAAGAGCUGUGGCUAGACUGGCUGAAGGAUGAGAUUCCGCAGGCUAAAGAAGACUCAGAGCGGGAGAAGAUUUACGAACUUUUUGAGAGAGCUGUGAAAGACUACAUCUGUCCUGGAAUCUGGCUGGAGUACGCCCAGUACUCCAUUGGGGGCAUUGGCCAGGAAGGAGGGAUCGCGAGAGUUCGCGCAAUCCUGGAACGGGCGCUCAUCGCGGUCGGCCUCCAUGUAACCAAGGGAGCUGCUAUUUGGGAGACCUACCGGGAAUUUGAAAAUGCCAUAUUGGCGACAAUGCAGCCAGCACCGGGCAGCGUCCCAACCCCUGAGCAGCAGCAGAACAUCAAGGCGCAACUCGAGAAGAUCCACUCGCUCUAUCGUCGGCAGCUGGGGGUUCCCUUGAUAGAUAUGGAAUCGGCAUUUUUGGAAUAUGAAAACUGGACUGAGGAGCCGAUCCCAGAGGCAGCACUGCAAAACUAUGCAAAGGCUUUGAAGGAGUUGCAGAAAUACAAGCCUUACGAAGAGGCCCUGCUGGUAGCUGAAAUCCCAAAGCUGGCCGAAUAUCAAGCUUACAUCGACUUCGAAAUGAAGGUGGGGGAUCCAGCUCGCAUUCAGCUGAUCUAUGAGCGUGCCCUGGAUGAGAACUGCCUAGUGCCGGACCUCUGGGCUCGCUACACUCAGUACUUGGACAGGCAGCUGAAGGUGAAGGAGCUGGUGCUUUCCGCUCACGAGCGAGCGGUCAGGAAUUGCCCUUGGACCGUCAAGCUGUGGAACCAGUACCUGAUGGCCAUGGAGAGACACCACGUUGAACAUCAGGUGAUCUCAGAAACCUUCGAAAAGGCUUUGAACGCCAGCUUCACUCAGGCUACCGAUUACGUGGAAAUCUGGCAGGCGUACCUGGAUUACCUUCGGAGAAGAGUUGACUUUACCCAAGACUCGAGUAAGGAGCUGGAAGAGCUUCGGUCGGCCUUUGCUCGUGCCCUCAAAUAUUUAAAGCAAGACGUCGAAGAACGGUUUAGUGAGAGCGGAGACCCUUCCUGUACUCUCAUGCAGGCCUGGGCCAGGAUUGAGGCUCGCUGGUGCAACAACAUGCAGAAAGCGCGAGAACUCUGGGACUUCAUCAUGGUCAAAGGGAACGCAAAAUAUGCCAACAUGUGGUUGGAGUAUUACAACCUGGAGCGGGCACAUGGGGAUGCCCUUCAUUGCAGGAAGGCUUUGUACCGGGCCGUGCAGUGCACCCAGGACUACCCAGAACACGUCUGUGAGGUGCUGCUCACGCUGGAGAGAAUUGAAGGCACUUUAGAAGACUGGGACACAGCGGUUCAGAGGACAGAAACCCGGUUAGCUCGAGUGAAAGAGCAGAGAGCGAAGGCGGUGGCAAAGGAAGCUGCCCUGGCGAAGCAGGAGGAAGAGAGAGCAGAGCAGCGCAAGCAAGCCCAGGCGAGAAAGAAAGCCCUCAAAAAGUCCCAGAAGCCCAAUACCGGAGUCAAGCGGAAGGCAGGCGGCGAUGGCGAGUGGGAGGAGGAGGAGGAAGCAGCCUCACUGCUUGUCAAGAGGCUGAAGGAGAGCAGGGGGCCUAUACUGGACGAAGAGGAUCUGGAAGAGUUGCGCGAGUUGGAGUUGGAGAUGAACACGGAGCUGGAGAUCGAGCUGGGCCUCUUUGGAAGGAAGGCCGACCACAAGCCAAAGGAAGAGGGAGCAGCUGCCAAGUGGAAAGACACCCCCAAAGUCCUUCACGACAGCAAGAAAGAGGGCCGCACCGUCUUUGUCAGCAACCUCUCCUACAACAUGGCCGUGCCGGAGGCCAGACUCCACAGCCUUUUUGCCAGCUGUGGGGAAGUGGCCGAAGUCCGCUCCAUCUACAGUAACAAAGGGACGUUUCGUGGCUACUGUUACGUGGAGUUCAAAGACGAGAGGUCAACUCUGCAGGCCUUCGAACUGGACCGGACCGUCGUGGAGGGCAGGCCCAUGUUUGUGUCUCCAUAUGUGGAUAAAAGCAAGAAUCCGGAUUUCAAGGUGUUCAAGUACAGCACCGCUCUGGAGAAGCACAAGCUGUUCAUCUCCGGCCUCCCGUUUUCAUGCACAAAAGAGGAACUGCAAAAGGUCUGCAAAGCCCAUGGGAAGGUGAAGGAUAUCCGGAUGGUCACCAACCGAGCGGGCAAACCCAAGGGCUUGGCCUAUGUGGAGUUUGAGAACGAGGCGCAGGCCUCCCAGGCGCUUCUGAAAAUGGACGGGCUGACCAUUAAGGGCCACGUCAUUAAAGUUGCCAUCAGCAACCCUCCGUCUCGAAGAUUUCCCGAGAAGCCGGAAUCCCAAAGUCAGGAUCUGAACCUCCGGCAGCCUUCUCGCACCCGUCGCAAGAGGAGAACCCAGCUGGCGAUGGUCCCUCGUGCCUUGCAGCGUCACAACAACCCAGCAAGUAAGGCAGAGAACGGCACGGUGCAGAACCCGCCCGCCACGCCCUCCCCGUCUGCGGAAAGGCCCAAGAUGUCCAACGCGGACUUUGCCAAGCUGCUCCUGAAUAAGUGAGCCGCUGCCCUUGACCAGCAAAGCCAGGAGGCUGCCGAGGGCCCCAUGGAAGUUAUCGGCUGGUCCUUCCCUGUAGCAGCCGCUGCGGCUCAUCAUGGCUCCCCUCCGAUUCCAAUUUGGACUUUUACGUCCGCCGAACGCCCGAACAGGGAGGUGUCAAUUCCCCGCCCCCUUGAAGUACCACAGGGCAAAGUUAUUGAGUUGGGGGUACGCGUGAGGAAUUUGUUGAAAAUGGCUUUAAAUGCUCCCUCAUAUUGGGGGUUUAUGUGGCGAGCGCUCACUUUUGAGGCCGAACACAGUAUGUUUUAAGAGUUGGGUUUUUUUCAGCUGUUCUCCAAAUGAAGAGUUUAAUGUGAAUUGAGUCUCGAUCUGGUUUAUACAAAUCCCACCGCAGGCGCUGAGCUAAGACGGGCAGCUUUGCGACGCUGCCUCCAUUGCGUGCAAAAUAAGCCCCGGACGAGCCCAGCGCCUUCUCAUGUGCAAAAGGAGUAUAAGUAGCAGAUGGGAGAACCUUCACCAUAAUGGCCUAUUUUAGUAUUGGGAUAGACAAAGGUCGGCGUUUCUACUGACCUCUUUGCUCAAAGUUAAGAGUCUGUUUUUUCUAUCUCUGGGGAUGUGACCAGCCCAUGCCGGCUACUUUUGAGCUUUUGCUGACCCGGCACCAGAGGGACGGAGACCCUCUGCUCAGCUUCCAUCUUUCCGUUUGCCUGGUUCCUGUAAGGGUCUCUAGCCAGGCCCGUUUUGGUUCUUGAGAUGUUUGGCUUGCAAUGUUUUGGUUUUUUUUUUUUUAAGAAAAAAUUUGUAUACAAUGUAAAGCGUGAGCCUGCAGCUUUCUUCCUCUGGGUUCAUUAAAGUUGUUCUUGCAAGUUGA